AUGGCAGAAAAGUCCAAAAGUCAAGGAGAACUUCAUCCAGGAGUCAUAUGUAACAAGUGUGGUAAACAAGUUCGUGGAAACCGUUACAAGUGUUUAAUAUGUCAAGAAUAUGAACUGUGUGAAGAUUGUGAAAAUCUAAGAGUUCAUCUGGAACAUGCAGUCAUCAGAAUUCCAUCUCCAAGCACUCUUUGGAUGCCACUGGUAACGGUUUCCAGUAAUCCAGUAUCACCAGCUGUGAAAAAUAAACCUGUAGACUUCAACCAAUCCACCAGGUGUAAUGCUAUUCCUUUUGAUAUCCAUGAAUACCAGCCACCACUUCAAUCACGUCCAGGUUUUGCUGCGGCAAUGUGUGACCCCUUCAUGCAUGACUGGUCCUUACUCUCAGACUCUGCUAACGCUAGUUCUUUGAGUCCUGGCAGUGGAGUUUCUAGAAUUAUUGAUUCUAUUACACAUGAUGAAGAUAUUCCUCGAUCGGGUGGAACACAUCAGCUGCCAAAGAAACCCAUGUCUAGAAGUCUCUUUGACUUUGAUGAUGAUGACGAUGAUGAUGAUGGAGAGUUACCAAAAGAAUCAACACCUGAGGCGAAACCAAACAAACCUGAAGGGAAACCAUUAGCAAGCAUUGGUCCAAAAGAUAACAAGCUUGAUGAGAAACCCUUACCAAUCACCAAACCAAAACCAAAACAAGCUGAAACUGUUGAACUACCAUCAAGUAUUUCUGGUAAUUCUACCCUAGGAUCUCAUUCACCUCCAAAGUCAAACCAGAUAACAGAAGAGAAACCAUCUCCUUCAGCCACUUCCAUGGAUUUUCCUGAAAGUCUAGAAAGUUCUUACUCACAAUCUCAGCAUGUUUCUAAAUAUGCAGAUUCCUUAAACAAAUCAAGAGAAGAAAGUCACUCAACAGCAGCUGUUAGCAACAUAGGUGGUGCUGAAGCUGAUGUAUCACCUGACAGCUUAACAUUGACCAAUCAGGCUACAGCCAUUACACAAGCGGAUCCUGAGAAAACUGAUGCAGCUACAAAUGACAGUUCUGAAGACAUACUACUUUCUAAUAGUAAUGGUAAUACUACAGCUACUACUACUACCAACAAUAACUCUACAGAGGAGGGUGAAGUUGCUUCAAGAGAAGAGAACAGAAGCAAUGAGGUAACAUCAAAUAAUUCAGAAGACAAUGAGACCACGACAGAAACAACUCCAGCAGCAGAACAACGAAGAAACAGAACCUCACCAUCGGUUGACUACAAUUUGUAUUACCCUAAAAGUAAAAAUUUCAUUUUGUUUUUUUUAGAUUUACUAAUGCAUGUUGCUUUCAUUGAAUCUACAUGUGGCCGAGAAAAAUGUUUUUGA